GCCUGUGUGCUAAGCCAUCGGCGUGCAUGGCGAUUUCGCACCCACACAUCCGAGAAUGGUUGCGGGAUAUCCAUGCAGAUUUGGAGGUAUACUUUGCCGAGUUCGAAAAUCUGGGAUACAAUUCACAGUUUUUGAUGGAAACAGAUAGUGAAGAUCUCGAGCAGGACCUCAAGGAUGUGGUGAAGAAGGUCCAUCUUCGUGUGAUCAUGAAGGAACAUGCGAAACUAAAGACCCUGAAACCCAACGAAGGAGCAGCCCGAGUGAGUCCACCAUUUGCUCCCCAGAAAUCGGCAGUGCUGCAAUUGAUACCAUUUGCAGAUGAGGUCGUGGAUUUCCAGCCGGAUCCACAAAGCAUUGGCAGUGGCUGUGUGGUCCUGAUUCCCAUUUGGCGCCUGCGCUCCAUCCAGGGGAAGGUUCAUCCGAAUGUGAUAUUCACAUCCGGAAGACACAAGGACAGUUCUGUCUAUGAACUGAUUCAUGACAUGUUGAGCGGGAGACAGCCUCCAGAGGAGAUCGAACCUCUGCAGGUUGUCGUGGAUGAACAUGGGCUGCACAUUGUCAGAGGACAUCGCCGUGGUCUUGCCCUGUGUGCUCUGCAAGGCAUGUGGCGAUAUCGAACUGUCUGGGCACCGUGCCGUUUGUAUCAUGCCACAGACCCUGAGGUUGCCGACCAAUUUGCAAGGAUCACUACCAUGGUGGAUGGCCUUGGAGUUCAAUUGCAUGGGAAACUUACGGAAGCCUGGCAUUUGGACAAGCCUCUUUUUCGCACUUCGCAAGAGUGGUGCGAUUCAAUGCUUGAUGUGCGUGUGGAAGUUUGCAAAAACCCAGAGGUCCAUCCAAGCCGCUGGCACAAAUCGGACUUGCCAAAUUCCCGAGGUGAAACUUUCAGCACUAGCGCUGCGUCUUCCUCAUGUGCCCCGGCUCAAGGUCCAGAGCUUUGCACGCCGGCAGUCAGUCACCAGCAAGAAGCUGUCGCCAAACACAGGGAAACAUCUUUUGGCAGCAAAGAUCCCAAGUUUGGCUGGAAUGAAGAGAACCAAUUUCACUGGAAGAGUCAGCAUGACCAGCAAGACCCUGGUGUCAGGCAAGACGCCUUGGCUCCAAGUCAAGAUCAUUGGCGAACUUCUGGAUGGACAAAGCGAGGGGCACAGGUAAGCUCUGUAUCCGACGUCUCUGUUUCCAUGCUGGUUUGCGUGGAUUACGGUGGCAAGCUCUUGUGCGCGGAAGUCGUAGAAGUUUCUUCGCCACAUGUGAAAUUGAGGUACUGCGGGCCACGCCAGGAGGAGGAAUGGAUUUCGAUGGAUCGUUUGCAGAUUCCAGAUUACGCAUCUUUGCACCCAGGGAUGCAAGUCACAGCUUGGCGGGGGAACCGAACAUAUUCCUGCCAUGUUGUGGAAGUGUCCCAGAGCAAAGACUGGCUCCGUGCACCCGUGAAGGUUCGCUACAGUUCCUAUGGAUCUGCCACGGAUGAGUGGAUUGGAAUCGAUCGCCUGGAACUGGAACAUGUCAAGCUUGUUGCGUGGAACGAUGUUUGCAAGGGGCACCAAUCAGAAACAGCCCAGCACCCGAACCAAGAGCCAUGCGAUCUUUGGGCAGAAUCGACAGUGGUGUGUUGCCUGUGGCUGAUGGGAAGUUGCCGCAGCAAGCACAGUCACUAUCAUGGGAAAAGGCUUUUUGUGCACAAGGAUCUCCCGGGUUUGCCAUGUGGCUUCAACACAAGCUGCAAGUGGAAACACCACCAGACAAGGACGCCUACCACCGGGCAUGUUGAGCUUCAAGCAGGCAUGGUGGUUUGUGUGAAGGACGGUUUCUUGAGGAUGCCUGGAGAGGUCCUGAGCAUCUCCUCUGUCUCAACUCGAGAUCCGGUACCACUGAAAGUGCGCUACUGGGCACGCGGCCAAGUAGGCCGUUGCCAGGUCGGGUGGUUUCCCGUGGAGGAGGUGUGGGUACCUGACUAUUCCAAAAUUGAGAUAGGCUCCCAGGCAACAGUGGAGGAUGCUAGCAGUGGCAAACUCUUCCAGUGCACGGUCUUGCGGGUCUCAGAUGAUAAAGACAGAGCCAGCGCCCCUGUGUAUGUGAACUACAAUGACUACGGGUCGAACUAUGAUGAGUGGGUAGGUGCGGAUAGGUUUCACAGCCACCUGCUGAUAUUGCUUCAGCCCGCGCUGCCCAACGAGGGCACAAAGGGCCCACAGGCUCCCCCUGAGGGCACGAAGGGCCAAUCGGGUGAAUGCCUCCAAGGGGCGCAAAGAGUCACGACUGCAACAUGCCGGAUUGAGCAGGACCCUGACGGGAUGCCAGGUGCGGCAAGUAGUGCUCAAUCCUCUACAGAUGAAGUUCAGAGGCCGAGUGUGGCACAGGAUGUCCCUUCAGCAGCUGUCGCAGCCGACCUCCCGGAUGCUUCGGCCUCGAAUGCCAUGCCGUGGCACGAGCCUGACUCGGAGGCUGAUGCCUUCAACCAUGCCCUCCAAGCUACCGAAGAGGCCUUGUCCCAACAAGCGCCUGCAACGCACUGGCAGCCAAGACUUGAACGGGCACUUGCAGCAGUGGAAACUGAGGGCCUUCGUGGUGUUCUGGAAAAGCAUGGCUGGUCAGGUCAGCAAUUUGUUGAUUCACCAGAGUUGGCAGAGCUCCUGGAAGACCUAAAUGGAGUCUCAGGCUUGCGCGAGGACAGUGACAAUGACUCUGAGGCAGACUCGGACCCAUCGAUCCCACCGUCCAACGCCAUGGAGUCAUCUUGCGUUGGUGCGCCGAAUGACUGGGAGGAUCGAAUGGCCAGACAGCCCUCUGUUCUGGACUACUCGCAGCAGCUUGCCGGGGUUGUGGUUUUCGGCACUUUUCGCCCCAUCGGCGGCAAAGAGGUGACCAAGCGUUCUGGUGAGGUCAUAGUGCAACGCGGACCUCCAGCACUGCAUGGCUGCAAGGUGAAGAUUUGGUGUGGCAAAAACCGGGGCCCCACUUGGGACUAUGACAGAUGCUAUGUCCGAAUCUUGGAUGCACAUGUCUUGAAGUCCAGCCAGCCAGCUGAUGCAAGUGCGCUGGAUAUGGAAAGGAUGGAGCUCUUUGGACGCAUCGUCCAUGCCAUGGAAUUCGGAGUUCCCAGGCAGAAGCUUUUUGUCUGCGUGAAACCCAAAGUCAUGCACAAUGCAAGAUGUGUAGCUUUCAAACCGAUCAAUGGCAAACUUCCGGCGAUCCAAGUACCAUGGAACACAGCCUCCAAACUGCCAAGCAGCCAUGAUCUGCAUGUUGUAGAAGUCCUGGAGUGGAGUGGUGAGCGAUGCCCGAGAGGACAGUACUUGGAGGGGCUGAAAAUGAACUCCCGAAACUCAGACACGUCCAUCUUGGAGGCAGUUCAGACCUCCCUGAAUUUCUGUGACUGGCCACGGGGUGAUCCCAGACAUGGUGUUGCUGUGGCAGACUUCCCGCAGCCCACGAGGAGAAGGGUCGCAGACAGCGGCUUGACUGUGGGCAUUCAGCAUCCAGAAAUGCCCACCAGUAUGGUGAUGUCCUGUGGUCAAAAUGAAUUUCACGUGCACGUGCUGGAUGUGAAUGCAUACCUGGAUGCUGUGGGGAUGGAGAAGGUGGAAAACUUGCUACGGCAGCGGUCAGUCGGAGCAUGGUUCCUGGAUCAUCUCGACAACCCCUUGGAGGCCAACUUGCCACUGUUCCCGCCCAACGUCGAGGAAGAGCUGACGUUCAAGGUUGGCCUGGAAAGGCCUGCCUUGACCUUCACAUUCCAGGCAGUUCAGGGAAGGCUCCAAAUUUUUGCGGUAAGCGAAACCACUGUGCGGUGCGACCGCAUCCUGACUCCGUCAGAGGCGGGAGCCAUGAUCCUGUCUGAUGAGGGAGGUGACUUUGGUCAAGUGCUCCGACGCCUACAUUCUCAUGUGGUGGACUUUCGGAGAUCUGACCUUGCUGGUGGAAGUGGAUCUGCCUUGGAACAUCCUCUGGUAGAGAAAGACGAGCUUCCAGGUCCACUGGUGGCAACGGAGCAGCUCUUGCAGGGCUGCAUGUGCAUGGUGGAUCGCCAUGUUGGAGCGGCUUUGACGGCUGACGCCUGGAACCAGCUCUUGGACGGCGAGGAAGACGAGGAAGAUGCCAAACUCACCGUCAGGUACAUCCAGGGCAAGGCUGAUCCCAGCACCCGGAAGGUGAUUGAGCGCUUGCUUCGUGUGAAUCGCAGUGAUCGAGACAAGGAGAUCCGCGUGGCCGACGUGAUGCGCACGCUGGGAGACAUUUUGCAGCAACCAGGGCUCACAAAAGGGCAGAAAUAUGCCCUGCGAUCUUCCUUUCUUCGCCGUUUGCAUGCUGCGCUUCCGGCUGGAUACUAUGUCGUCACCUCAGCAUCGAGUGAAGAUUGCAGGGACCAAGGUGAGUGGUGGCAUCCGGAGCACCGAUUCCAUGUUACGUCUCCGUUGCAUCGCUACAUCGACAUUUUGGGCAUGAGAGCUUUGAAGUCUCAGCUUGGAUGGACGGCUUCGCAUUCUCACCUGCUGCUCUCCCGGAGGGAGUUGGAGGAGGCCGUCGCCCGGACCAACUGCCGGAUGGCCGCGGAAAGCUUCGGGCGGCACAUCUUUCGGACCAUCUCGAGGAUGCGAGAGCUGUCGGUCAGUGGGCAGUUGAUCAAAGAUGCAGUGGUUGGAGCAGUUGGCCCCACCUACAUCAACCUGUUGGUUCCGACUCAGUCCACUCACCUUCUGGAGCUGAAACUUCCAGUGAGCUCCUUGUGCAGUUCUAGCUGUGUCUCAGAGUACGAUGCGACCACUCAGUCUAUCAAGCUCACUAUGCAGAAUGGCAGGGAUCCCGUGCAGACUGUGCGGGUCUUGUCCUGGUUCCCUCAGCGAAUGACCUGCGUGGUCGCCCGCAACUAUGCUCAGCCCAUCCCGCACCACGCUAGCCCCAACUCCAUCGUGGUCUGGGAAAUCAGGUUUCACGGAGAGAAGGAGUUCAUCUUCCCCACUGGCCUCAAGAACUUUCCGGAAUCUUUCUCUUCCUGGCCUGACCUCAGUGAUUGGCCCUUGCUGGACCGGAAGUUGGAGACCUACUCACAGGUCUGGUCACGGAUCAAAUUAUCCCAGGUCCAUGCUGCGGCUGUUGCCAGUGAUGCAUACACCCCAGCUGGGAGGGUCAGUGACUUGAAGUGGUUCCCCACCAGUGGCACCUGGCACUUCGAAUGCCAAGUUGAUCUGAAGCCGUUGGAGCAUCAAUGGCUCCAAGAAGGAGACUUGGCAGUGUUGACCCUGGAGCACGAUGGCAAAUUCGCCAGCUUGCAAGGUAUCCUCCAAAAUAUCAGAGGAAAAAGGCCUGCUCCGCCUGCAGAAGAGGGCAAGAGCUUCAUUGUGGAGGUGGAGCUUUCAAAAAUCUCAGAGCUGGCUUGGAAUGCCCAGGAAGAAUUCUUCCAUGGUGCCUCAAAUUGGCGUUUGCAGUUCAUUCUGAUCCCUCCCAAUGAGAAGAAGAGCAUCCAACUGCUACGAGAUAUGCAGAGGUCUUCCCCGCUGCGGGGCAUGCGCUUGAAUAUCCCAAGAAGUGCCAGGGAGAUGAAGAGAGAGAUGGAGAUGCGGCCCUUGGUUAGCAUCGAAGAGGUGAAGUAUGCGAUGCAAUCUGUGUGUGGUGCCACCAAACUCAAUGAGAAUCAGACGCUGGCGGUUCAACGGGGUCUGCAGAGGACUACAAAGCCUGAGCGCGGCUUUGAGAUUCAACCACACCUCGAAGAGCAUGCGCUCCAUUGGAAGGUGAGUGAGUCACACAAGGUGAAGUCUCUUCCCUCGCAGAGUCAGGAAGACUUCGACAAGUCCUAUGAGGUCGAGGAGGUUCACGUCCUUCGUGACAGCAGAAUCGUUAUAACGACAUGUGCGACCGCAUAUCUUCACACGUCUGUGCUGCAGGGCGAGCCGCCCCACGUUCUCCGCCCGGUGAGCUUCGACAGCAUCGUCAUCGACGAGGCGGCACAGGCCAGCGAGCCGGAUGUCGUGCUGGCGGCCACAUCGGCCAGCUGCCGCGUCAUCGUGGUGGGCGAUCACAAACAGCUAGGUCCUGUCGUGACGGAGAACAACCUCUGCGCACCUUAUGUGAGUGCGUUGGAGACACCAUUUCUAGAGAGGAUGUACCAAAAUCCUCGGCGCUCGUCGACGAGCACCAUGCUGAACAUGCAGUACCGCAUGCAUCCGUCCAUUCGGAGCUUUCCAUCGGCGCAGUUCUACGAGUCCAUGCUGGAGGACCAGGUGUCGAUCCCGCAUCGGCCGCAACUGAACUGCAUCUGGCCACAGAAGAAGGAGCAUCGGUGCUUCAUCGAUUGCCGGACGCCGCAGUCCAUGGGCCUCUCGCCCGAGUUGAACCGUACGUGUGAUGCGGCUUUGAUGGAGAGCAAGGUUUCCUUGAAGAACGUGGGAGAGGCUCGAUCUGUAGUGGCUGCCUGUGCAGCCCUGCUGCGACAGAGAUGUGCACCACGUGACAUCGCAGUGAUCACUCCAUACAAAGCCCAGCAACAUGAGAUUCGUGCCAGGUUGGAGCGGGACGUUGGCACCCAUUCGAAAUCCAUCUUGGUGGGCACCGUGCAUGCUCUACAGGGCUCAGAGCGCGAAUACAUCAUCGUGAGCUUCGUCCGCAGCACGUCGCAGGAUGAAGACGUGGUCACCUCCGUGGCAAAGACGGCUGGAGACUCCGUGGCGCUGCAGGAGAUGUAUGGAGAAAGCUUGGGCAUCCUGAAGAACUACCGGGUGUUGAAUGUGGCCAUCACCCGAGCUAAGUAUGGCCUCAUUUGCGUCGGAAAUGCAGAUGUGCUGAGCAAAGGAUCCAAAGAUUUCAAUGCCUUCAUCCAUAGCUUGAGAAGCUGCAGAUGCAUUCUGAGCCAGGCGGAAUUCCUUGAAUCUCUACGCACACGCCGAGUGGGUGACGUUGGAAGCAGAAGUGUAGAAGUUUGA